GUCAAAACAACUCUUGACGUCGCAGAUAAAACAAGGAGCUAGUUACGUGUAUUGGUUGCGUUCUCCUGUAGACGUGCCUUGGAUAUCAGGCGAGUGUCAAUGUAACUUGUUCUAUUAAAGCACUCCCAAACUAAACAUCGACUUGUCCUAGGCACUCUGUGCGUCCCUUUGCCCUACAUUCCCUUCCAGAGGAAGAGUCACUUUCGUGUGAAGAAGGCAUGGCCGCUCGAUUCUCUGUCCCAGAGGAGGACCUCUGUUGCCCUGUGUGCUGUGACAUCUUCAGGGACCCUGUGGUCCUCAAGUGCAGCCACAGUUUCUGUGCAGCCUGCCUACAGCAGUACUGGUCUGGGAAGGGCUCGGCCCGAGACUGCCCUCUCUGUAGAAGGGAGUUUGUGGAUGAGCCGGUGGCCAGCCUCACCCUGAAGAACCUGUGUGACUCCUACAUCCAGGAGAGUGGAGCGCUUGGGUCUACAGGAGAGCUGUGUGAACCGGGUGAGCUGUGCUCCCUGCACGGGGAGAGGCUGAAGCUGUUCUGUCUGCAGGACAAGGAGCCCAUCUGUGUGGUCUGUCACACCUCCAGGAAGCAUAAAAACCAUGAGUGCUGCCCGGUGGGAGAGGCUAUAGUCGACAUGAAGGAGGAUAUGAAGUCUGUGCUUACUUGUUUGCAAGAGAAGACAGAGGCUUUUGACAAAAUGAAGCAAAACUAUGAAAAUACAGUGACACACAUUCAGGUCCAGGCCCGGUUUGUGGCAAAGAGGAUUCACGAGGAGUUUGAGACACUCCACCAUUUCCUCCAAGCUGAAGAGGCUGCUAGGCUUGCAGCUCUGAAAGAGGAGGAGGAGAGUAAGAGUGAGAUGUUGAGGCAGAGUAUGAGGGAGAUGGACAGAACCCUGGCCUCCCUCUCUGACACAAUCAGAGCCAUGGAGGAGGAGAUGGCUUUGGAGGAUACUUUUUUUCUCCAGAAAUGCAAGCAGACAAUGAGAAGUGCUCAGUGCAGCACACUGCAGGACCCAGCUAUGGUCUCUGGAGCACUCAUCGAUGUGGCUAAGUACCUGGGCUCACUUCAAUACAAAGUGUGGGAGAAGAUGCAAGGGAUUGUUAAAUACACGCCAGUGACUCUGGACCCCAACACGGCUGCCCCCUGGCUCCUGCUGUCUGAAGACCUCACCAGUGUGAGGGACAGCGACGACAAACAGAAGCUUCCAGACAACCCCGAGAGGUUUGACCCUGACACAGGCGUACUGGGCUCUGAGGGCUUCAGCUCAGGAAAGCAUGUCUGGGACGUGGAGGUUGGAGAGAACAGUGCCUGGGUCCUCGGUGUAGCCAAAGAGUCCAUCCAGAGGAAAGACAAGGUCUCCUCCGUACUGAAGAAUGGAUACCUGUCCGUGUACUUUUACCACAAGAUGUACUUUGCAGGGACCUCACCCCUGACACGACUCAAUCUGAAGAAGAGCCCUCAGAGGAUCAGAGUGCAGCUAGACUGGGAGAAGGGGAGAGUGUGCUUCUCUGACCCAGCUGACAACACGCAGAUCUACACUUUCAAACACACCUUUUCUGAGAGGGUCUUCCCCUAUUUCUGGGUUGGCUGUAAGCAGUGUCCUCUGAGGAUUGAGCCAUUAGAGGUCUCAGUGAAAGCUGUAGAUCACACCUGAGAAUGUGUUGGCGCAUGGAAUUUUCUGUCUCUAGUGUCUUUCUUAAUGUUGAUUUUUAUGUCAUGAGAAACAUCUAAUGGAUAAAUAAUAUUUAAAUGCCACUCGUUGCCUUUAAAUUAACACUUACAUUUCAUUUAAUGGACACUUGUUGACAUUUAUUUUAUUGUGUAGGAUGGAAUAAAAGUUUCGUUUUCUGUGUGGAAUAAAAAUGGAACAUUUUACUGUGGUGAUAUUUUAUUAUAAAAUACUAAGAUAAACUAGUA